CAGUAUAAACAGAGGUGUUCGGAACUCGAGAAUCAAAUGGCAGAGACAAUUCCGUGCGACACUAGUAAACCAUCGACAGCCACAGUAUCGUCCACUACCGUGCUUGAGGCUGCCCAUCAAACUCUACGGGAUAUACGCGAGGAGCAAAUUCACGACUUGGAUACUGCCUUGAAUAAACUCGGAGAUGAACGACGAAAAUGUGAGGAACUUUUACAAUUAAACGCGUCUCUGAAGGAUCAGCUCGAGGAAUCUCAUCAAACAAACGAGGCGUUAACCAAUGAUUUGCAAAAACUAAGCAAUGACUGGGAUAUAUUGAGAGACGAGUUGGCUAUUAAGGAAGAGGAGUGGAAAGAAGAAGAACAGGCAUUCAAUGAAUAUUACAUCUCUGAGCAUAACCGAUUACUCAACCUAUGGCGUGAUGUCGUUUCUGUUAAAAGAUUGUUUGCAGAAAUGAAAUCUACUACGGAAAGGGAUUUGGCCAAAAUACGGAAUGAAAUUAUUGCAUCAUCUAAUGAAAUGACAUCAGCGUGUAAUAGUACGAAUUUUACUAUGAAGCUUCAAGCGAGUGCGGCGCAAUCCACACCGUCCCAAAGAAUACAACAGGAAGAGGAACAAGCUGUAACAAUUUUAAAAACAGAGAUUGCAGCACUCAAGCAACAACACGCUGCCUAUCAACAUGAAAUUCGUACUAAAGAUGAUCGAAUAGAUCAGUUUAUUCGAGAAAUUCGCAAUUUAGAGGAAAGAUGUAGCGUUUCUGAGGCGGCGGUAACCCAAACCGGGCGUAUGCAGGAAGAUAUUGAGGUGCUAGAAUCUGCAUUACGAGACAUCGCGCAUGCCGUGAUUCAGGAUGCUGAAAGCCGAGACGCCGAUGCUAAGCAGGCAUCCCCACAUAUCCACCUGUCACCCAGUGCACUGAUGCAGCAGAGAUCGCCGAAAAGAAGCACGCGAAGUAACACUAUACCGGCAUUGGCUGAAAGUACAUUAAGUGCGGUACGAGCGGCUCUGCAGAAGUAUCAAUUAACGAUACGCGAGUUACAGAUAAAAUCACAAACGAACAAGGAACAAAUCCUAGCAAUGCGUAAACAAUGCGAUGCCGCGGAAGAAAACGCUCAAACGUUAAAUACCAAAGUUGCGGAAUUGAUUUCUCAAUUGGAUAUAUGCCGUUCGCAAUGCACACAGCUGGAUCAAGAGAAGGACAUGCUGCAGAAAAGUCUCGAUACUGUAAAAUUGGAGAAAAAUGUAUUGGAUAAGAAUAAAGUGGAACUUAAUAACACGCUGGAGGCUCUUAGAAACAAUUACGAAAAACUUCAGAAGACCAAUAAUAAAUUACAAAAGUUGUGUGAUAACUUGGGAGAUGAAAAAUUAUAUUUACAAAAUGAGCUUGGUAGAAUAUCGGAAGAUGCCGACUUAAAAGAAUUAAGUUUACGUUCGGAGGAGGAUAGAUGCAGUAAAAUGAGAGAAGAGCUUUUGACACUGCGAGAAGAUUUGAAUAAAGCUCAUCUUGCCAAAGACAUGUUGGAACAGCAAAAGUUAGAAACUGAUGGAUUAAUUUCUCAAAUCGAAAAAAGCAAAGGCGAUCUUGAGUUGGAAUUGGAACGUAUACUGUUGGAAAAAUCAGAUGUACAGGAAAUUUUGAUAAAAAUGGAAGCGAUGUGCUCUAAUCAUGAGCAGGAUAAGCAAAGAUUGCAAGAAGAAUUGAAAAAGAUGAUAGACGAGAAAAAUAAGCUUGCAAGUCAAUGCAUCGAUCAACAAGGUGAUCUCAAUUCAUUGAGAAAAGAAUUGCUGCAAGCUGAACAAAUUCGACUUGACAUAGAAUCUGAAAAAAUUACGUUGAAUGAAAAGAUUAAAUUUCUGGAGAUAGAAAAGGAGAAAGUGGAAAUGGAAUUAGGUCAAGUGACUCGCGAACGUAGCGAUUUAAGUAAUCAAUUGUCGAUCUUGGCGCGAAAGAAAGAGACAUUAAAUGAGGAGCUCAUGAGACUUAGGCAAAGAUUAGAACAAUCCAAUGAAAUGAAUGCACGAAUAAACAGAAACUUGAAAGAUCUUGUGAAAGAUAACGAAGAAAAACAGGUACUCUUGGAAACAAAUGAAAAGGAAUUUCAAAGAUUGCAAGAGCAGCUUGCGUCGAUGCGCACUGAGAAGGAAAUAUUAGAAGGAGUACUGUUUGACACACAAACCAAUUUGGAAGCUACGCAUGUUAAGAAAACACAGUUAGAGAAGGAGCAAAAAGAGUUAUUAAUAAAACAAGAAAGUUUUAAAGGCCAGAUAACGCGACUAACGAAAGAAUUGGAUAAUAGUGAAAAACGUGCGCAAGACAUCAAACAGUCACUUACGCAACAGAGUGGUGAUCAGAUCGCAGAAUUUCAACAAAUUAUAUCUAAUAUGAAGAGACAAUCGGAAGAUAGCAUAAAGAAGAUAAACGAUGAAAAAGAGCAAGUAAGAAUAAGUUUAGAGAAACGGUUGCAACAAUCUUUAUCACAAGUGGAGGGAGAGAAAAAUGAAGAAAUCAAUCAGUUGCAACAACGAAUAGAAGAGUUGCAGCAACACAUAGAGAAUUUGUGUAAGCAGCAUGAGGAAGCACUUCUUAGAGCCGAAAAUGAUAAACAACAGGCACUUUUAAUAGCUCAUCACGACCAACAGGCAUUAAUCGAAAAGAUUGAUACUAUUAUGCGUGAAUUAGAAGAAGAAAAAAACACUUUAGAACGUGUUAAGAGGGAGGCCGCAGCACGUGCCGAACAAGAACGAAAUAAUACAAAUCAACUCCGUAAUGAAUUAAAUCGUCUCAAAACAAAACUAGACGAGACAAAGUUGAAGGCUAACGAAGAAAAGAUGAAGCUUGAAUUAAAAAUAGAAGAGCUCUGGAAAGAACGGGAAUCCACACAGCGAGAGGUCGAAGAAUUGCAAGUUCAACUACACAUGACGGAGGAUAAAGUUGAUGGAUUGCAAAAUCAGCUACACGAUACUAUUAGAAAACUCAAAGAUGCUGACAACGUUAAUGAGACAAUGCGCAAAGACUUAGUUGACGUACGAAGACAGUUAGCAGAUACCAUGUAUGAGAAAGAAAAAUACAACAACAGUAACAAGGAAUUGCGGGAACACGUUAAGCAAAUUGAGAGCGAAAGAAGGGAACAGGGAAGAACAUUGGAGGAGUCAUACCAGAAAAUAGCAACAUUGGAAGACGCAAAAGCGACCAUGGAUGUCGAGAGGACACGUCUGCAAGCACAAGUACGCGACAUGGAACGCGAAGCAUUACAAAUGCAGCAGCAACUUCGCUUCACGCAAGAUGAGCUGCAGAAAUGCCAUGAAAACAAUGCUCAAGCUCAAAACGAAGAGAAGGAACUGCAGGCCAGAUUGGCUAACGAGAUUGAGGAGAGAGAGCGAAUACAACUACAAUUGCAUCAAGUUAAGAAACAGGUAGUCGACUUGGAUAACAGUUUGGAAGUUACGCGACAAGAACUUGGAAAAUUACGUGGUCGAGCGGAUGAAGAGGAUGAAAGAUGGCGUGCACGAGAGCAAGAGUUGCUGGUACGGCUCGAGGAUAGCCGCUGUCGCGAAAGAAAAUUGGAAGAUCAGAAACAUAAUCUAGAGGUUUGCUUGGCCGACGCCACGCAGCAACUUCAAGAGCUAAAGGCGCGCCUUGGAGGAUCCGAAGGCAGAGUAAGAGCUCUUGACGCGCAACUAUCGCAAUUGGAGACUGCUAAAAAGGAAGUAGAACAGAAAUUGAGCAGUGUAGGUUCCACGCUCCGCCGUAUCGCCGGUAUUCAAAUGGACGGAAGCGUAAAUAUGCCAUUUAAAUUGAUGAGCCCUUCGAGAAGAUGGAGCCCAGUGCGUGCGCAAGAUUAUGGUGACACUAGCAGAGAUGUUAUACUAGAUGUUGAUCCCGAAGCCGUUAGGAAAGGAGUACGAUCGCUUAUGCAACAAGUUGCCCAAAUUGAACGCGAGAGGGACGAUUACAAAACAGAAUUGUGUAGUUUAAAGAAACAAUUGAAAGAAUCUCAAGAAAAUCAAAGCAGCACAGAUGUAAAAGUCAACAACCUUUUGACUAACAUUCGCAUGCUUCAAGAAGAGAAAAAAUCUGUGGAAGCAAAACUAACUCAAACACAAACUGGGUAUCAAGCACAGCUGGCUGCAUUUCAACAAAAGACGGAAGAGUGCGAAAAAUUAUGCGAAAAGCUUACAACCUUGGAGAUAAAGAUAAGCGCCGAAUCAGACGAGAAAUCCCAGUACGAGGAUAAGUUAGAGAAAAUAAAACAAGAAUUGAACAGAUUGGAAACAGAAAAGCGUAAUCUUCAGAAAGAAGUUCGUCACAGCGAUUCUCGAGCAACAGAGAUGGAACUGCACAGAAUGUCUUUAGACGGCGAUCUUCAAAGAUUGCAAAUGAUGUUGCAAGAAAAAGAAGCGCAUAUUCAAAAAUUACAGGACCGCUUUGACACGCAAAGUCGUACCAUGGCAGGUUUAGAAGAACGUUGCGCCUCGUUAAAAUCUACUAUAGAACAAUUAAAACUAUCAUUAGAAAAAGCGUCUGCUACGGAAACCGAACUCAAGAGUGAAAUAAAUUUAUUACGACAGAAUGUAAUGGAGGUUACUACUUCCUCUCAAAGUAACAACGAGAAGCUCAAACAGCUACAGAAACAACUUUCGAAUACCGAAAAUGAUCGUAGAAUAUUAUCUGAACGCUUGGAAACGGCUCAACAAUCCUUGAGCAAUUUAAAGCAUACCAAUCAAUCACUGAUUGAUCAAAAUGUACGGCUACAGAAUGAGCUAGCCAAUAAUGAAGUACAGCGAUCAGCUUUAGAGUCGCAAUUAAGAUUGUCUACGUGGCCACCAGAAAGUAGUGCGACUAAGGAUGAAGACCUAUUACGUCAAUUGCAAACUGCUCAAAGAGAAAGGAGUGAGAUGAGAGGAAAAAUAGAGGCUCUCAACGACAAAGUGAAGUUGUUAGAAGCUGACAAACGUAAUUUAGAACGUCAAAUUGCUGCGAGCAAGACUAGUAUUCGAAGUAAGAGUUAUGAACAUCCAGAGAAAGCACAUAUAGAACUCUUGGGCACUAGUUAUAGUCUUGACAAUUUGGAGCAUGAAAAUAGAGAACUGAGAUUGAAGAUACGCAAAUUGGAGACUCAAUUAGCGGAGAAAGAGGCCGAACUUAUACGCGUGAAAUCAACUUACACGCAUUCCUCUCAUUCGUUAUUGGAUAUAAGUCGAGAUAGAUGCGGUGAAUUAGAACGGAUCAGAGCCGCGCAAUUGCAAGCCGAGAAAUUAUUAGAGGCAAGAGAACAGAGCCAUCGUCAGCAAGUAUCGCGUUUGGAAAAUCAGAUACAACUGUUGCGAGAACAACUCAAUCAGGAGAUAAAGCGCAGGCAAUUGUACGUUUUACGGAGCUCACGAGCCGGUAGAGAGAUGCAACAAUUGCGACAAGCGUUGGGCGACUCUUUGAGAACCGUGGCUCAAGAUCCGUCGUUGGAUGCGGUAUUAUUGGAGCACGAAGCGCGUAAAUUGGACUCUACUGUGACGAGUACUGCUAGCUUACCACCGUCAUUAGCUUUACCUGCCCCACCGUCUUACAGAUCCAGCACUCCGUCACAACUAAAAUAAUAUAAGAAGUAAUUGUGGACUGAACUUUCUUUGCAAACUGCCAGUAUACAUAUAUCAAGCGUAGUACUUAUAUAUUCUAAGUGCAGUACUUGUAUACUACACUUGGACAUUUAUAUCAAUGAGUACUUAUUUCUCAAGUCAUAUUUCUCAAUAAUAUGGAGUAUAAUUAACUCGUGUAUAUUGUUCAGUGAGUGCUCGAGCAUUGCACAUCAAAGUCAUUAUAAAAAGCAUAUAUAACAUCAACAAACUACCGUGAUGAAUCUAUAGCACUUCUUGAUAAUCAUAUGAU